AGCAGUGUUUGGGAAGCAGAGGGAAGGCAGGAAUUAAACAGCACCCGAGCUCAACCUUGUUUUCAGGAAGGGCACUUUUUGCCGUGAUUUUAAGUGAUAAACGUGAAAAUGCCCCAAAAUUCAGCAGCACCAGGGAAAUUCUGGUGCCUCAGUAAUAAUGGUGUCAAAGGUUCUGGUGCCCAAACCCCCAUGGCAGCACCACCCAGGCUGUUCCUGAGCUGGUUUUCCCCCUCGUUGCCAUGACCAGGAGCUCAAACCAAAAUAGUUUUUCCCGUUCUGUCGAUUUUUCGCAGCGAGAGAGAGAAAAACUUGGAUUUGUGUCAGGAGAUUUUUUUUUUUUUUUUAAGUGGCAUUUGGGGAAACCGGUAUUUUUAGCAGGAUUUUGUCACUGCAGAGCUGAGCCUUUGCCCAAUGGGCUGGUGUUUGUGUCCCUGCCCUGUGGAUCCAGCUGGGAAUGGGGCUGGAAUUCCCAAAGCCGAGGGCCACAGGGAGACGGGGAUGUGGAUCCGUGUCAUUGUCAUGUUCAGGGGGGGCACGAGGGCUCUCCAGGGCUGGUUUGGGGCUCUGAAGGGACCCUCGUUCUUCCCACUGAAAUCAGAAAUCCCCGGAGGCAAGGAGUGGGUUGGGAUACAGUGGGAAUUCUCAGCUUGGGGCCUUUGGCCCCUCGUCCCCGCCGUGUCCACGGUGGGAUCGGCGCCUUCCGGGCAAUCCACGGCUCCUCCGCAGGUUCUCCGUCGUUUUUUGGAGAGUCUCAAAGGCUCUUCAGAAAAUUCCAGCUCCUUUCCCACGUGGCUGGAGGGGGGCGAUGGGCAGGGCACAGCCUCCACCUCCUUCACCAUCCUCAUCCUCCCUCCCUCUCUGUUCCCUGGGAUCAGCUCUGUCCUGUCUGACUCCGGCGCGGGGCCCCCGAGGAACGUUCUGGGCUGUGGAAGAGUGAGGGGAAAGAUGGGCCAUUGGGAGAGUGUCCCUGCACAGAGUGAAGCCAGCCCAGCCCUGCGCCGCUCCGGGAGGAAUUCUGCCACGGGAGGGUUCUGGCAGCGGUGACGAGCGAUGGGGUAUGAUGUAGCUCGUUUCCAGGGGGACGUUGAUGAGGACCUUAUAUGCCCCAUCUGCAGCGGGGUCCUGGAGGAGCCAGUUCAGGCUCCCCACUGCGAGCACGCCUUCUGCAAUGCCUGCAUCACGCAGUGGUUCUCGCAGCAGCAGACGUGCCCCGUGGACCGCAGCGUGGUGACCGUCGCCCACCUGCGCCCGGUGCCGCGGAUCAUGCGGAACAUGCUGUCCAAGCUGCAGAUCACCUGCGACAACGCCGUGUUCGGCUGCACGGCCGUCGUGCGCCUCGACAACCUCAUGUCUCACCUCAACGACUGCGAGCACAACCCCAAGCGCCCGGUGACCUGCGAGCAGGGAUGCGGGAAGCGGGAUAUCCAGCUGCUCAAGGCCUACAUGCGGGCGAUCCGCAGCGUCAACCCCAACCUGCAGAACCUGGAGGAGACCAUCGAGUACAACGAGAUCCUGGAGUGGGUGAACUCCCUGCAGCCGGCGCGGGUGACGCGGUGGGGCGGGAUGAUCUCCACGCCGGACGCGGUGCUCCAGGCCGUCAUCAAGCGCUCGCUGGUGGAGAGCGGCUGCCCCGCGUCCAUCAUCAACGAGCUCAUCGAGAACGCCCACGAGCGGAACUGGCCGCAGGGCCUGGCCACGCUGGAGACGCGCCAGAUGAACCGGCGCUACUACGAGAACUAUGUGGCCAAGCGCAUUCCCGGGAAGCAGGCGGUGGUGGUGAUGGCCUGCGAGAACCAGCACAUGGGCGAGGACAUGGUGCUCGAGCCGGGGCUCGUCAUGAUCUUUGCACACGGAGUGGAGGAGAUCUGAGGGAUCCCGGGGACGAACGCCUCGAGGGAGAGGAGGGGGAAGGUGCAGAGGGGGGGAGGCCCAGGGAGGCCGCUCAGAACUGCGGGCGUUCCCUGGUCACCGACGUGGAUUUUAGGGAACUGUCCCCUCCGACCUCUUGGUUCCUCAGUGACACGAUUAAACCCCUCUGGUAAACCCUGCGCGGAGCUCGGCCGGCGCUGCAGCCCCUCCACGUCCCCCCUUUGCUUCCCCGUUCCGUGUCUUUCUUGGACAGAAGGAGCGAUGGCUCCACACGCACUGCCAGACCCCUCGGGGGGUCCCCCAAAUCCCGGCUCACAGUCCAGCCCAGACCCCCAGGACCAGCCCUGCUGCCUGGCAGCUCUCACUCAUUCCAUAGCCACUUCCCCCCCGGGAUUUCUCACCCCCCUGGAUUUUCCACCUCGCUCUCCGGUGUCUCUCCAAGCUUUGAUCCGACCCCGCAGCAGCGGGAGCUGCUCCCCUCCUGCGGGUGGGGAAGGGGCUCGUCUUGGUGUCCCCAAACUGGGCACUGCCAGUGUCACUGACCCCGGAGCCAAACAGCCGCAGCCGAGUCCCUGGAGUGGGGGGUCCUCAGCCCUGGGGACCCCUCUGUCCCCCCCUUGCUCUGUGCAUGCCCCAGCCCCUCUCCUCGGGAGCAGCCGUGUCCCCUCGGGCACCUCCCACCUCCCCUGGUCCUGCCCCGUGUUUGGCUCCGCUUUCUCCAUUGUUGGUGUUACUUUUCCAGACACUUGUGAUUGUGGUUCUGUAUUUUUUUGUACCAUUUUUUGGCCUUUUUUUCAUUUUUAUCCCCCCCUUUUAUCUGAGUUUCAAAAUACCAUGGGCAGGCGCCUCUGGCCUGGUUCCUUGGGACUUGUUGGGAAUUUAAUUUAUUUGCAUUUGUUUUGUUGUUUUUUACCAUCGUUUCUCCUCCGGUGUCGGUCCCAGCGGAUCGGGCGGGAGGCAGGGAUUGAAGUGAUCAAUAAACAGCGUUCUGGUUGCUUUA